CUUUCAGGCACUGGGUAUAUAGAGCCUAGAUCUAGUCAGUUUGUGUCUCACACAUGAAGCUGGUGACUGGCUCCACAUAGCAAAGGACAGCUGGGACCCACCAACCCUUGGUGACGGGAAGAUUCCUAGGCUGUGUCAGACCCUGAGGAGAAACUGGGGCAUAGCAGAGAGUGACCUGUCUAGGAUACCUGGAUGGAGGCUGAACAGCCUGAGAACGUGGAGAGUUGUGAGGAAAACCUAUCUGAAGUCCCAUAGCCGGUCCUGAGGAACAGACGCAGUCAUGGCAUCCGAGUUUACAAGCUUCAGGUUCGAAUUCGCUCCCUUCAUGAUGAAAAAAAUGUCCAGAACUGAUCUGAAGCUCUUGAUAACUGAAGAUGGAGCCUGGAAUGCAUUUGUGGAAGAAGCUGAUUUGUCAAGUGAGGAGGAAGCUGCCCUGCGUGAAGCACUGAAGGAGCAUUUAGCCCAGGAGCCCACAGAUGAAAAUGAUGAAACAGAAAAGAGGCAGCAGAAGGAGAAUUUUCUGAAAGAAUUUCCUGAGUUGAAAAGGAAACUUGAAGAAAACAACAGGAAGAUCCGAGCUCUGGCUGACCAUCUUGACCAGGUGCACAGGGACUGCACCAUCUCCAAUGUGGUGUCCGGCUCCACCGGCCUCGCCGCUACAAUCGCUGGAUUAGCUGCAGCACCCUUCACAGGAGGGGCCUCUCUGAUUAUCUCAGCAGCUUCGUUGGGUCUAGGAGCAGCAGCAGUUGCAACUGGUGUCACCACUUCCAUUGUGGAAGAAUCAAUGAGUGCAGCAGAUGAAAGUGAAGCCAGACGCCUGGUUGGAGCCAGCAUGGACAUACUGGACAGAAUUUUGGAAAUCAUGCCUUUGAUCGAAUUCCAACUAUGUAGUGCAGGUUGGCAAUUAUCUGGUGCCUGGAAAACCCUCUGGGAACAUAUGCAAGCCAACAGACCCAGAACUAGUUGGGCCUCAAGGAAUGCCAAACCACGCAAUAUUCCCCCAACAACCAGAGGAGCCAGGAUUGCAAAAGGAGUCGGUACUGGUUUAAUGUUUUUAUUAGAUGUGUUUAACCUUGUGACUGACUCCAUGGAUUUGCACAGUGGAGCAAAGACAGAGUCAGCUGAAGAGCUACGGGAGCUGGCUAAAAAUCUAGAAGAGAAGUUGCAUGAAUUUGAGCAGCUCCACAAGGCUCUGCAGUUAGACCUGCCUCAGUGAUCCCUCCAGCAAGCAGUUAAGAGCUCAGGGAAAAUGACAUGUACAGGGGUGGGGACAUGGGGAGGGGCAUACUGUUACAAGGGAAAUAGCACGUGAUCAAGUCUAAGGAACUGAGUGUUAAGGGGUUUAUAUUUCUCCGGCUGAGCAGGGCAAGGUCAACGUAGAUAGCCAGUGCUUUAAGAAGACAGGAACUGAAGUCUAAAAUAAGGGGGCCAGAAUGGCCUAGAGAAUGGGACUAGGACAGCAAUAUAGAGGGUCUGAUAUGGAGAGAAGAACAGGAACAAGCAAUGAGAACCUAGGAAACCUGGAGAACUAAGAAUGGGAGAAAGCCAGAGUGGGAGUUGAAGUCAUAGCAAGGAACUACAUCCCAUUCCCUGAGGGCAAGGUCCCUAUGACCUCUAGGUUAUUCGUCCCAGCAUCAGUAGGAUCAACUCACCCUUGUGUCCUUCAGGCAGUGACCUCUGCAUAGUGAGGUGUGAUGGCCAAGAUAGUGUCUAGAAAAUCUGGGGUUUGUCCUCUUGUCUUCUAUCGAUUUGUGUUUAAUAAAUAUUAACUAACUGUUCUAGAAAA